AUGGACGAAGCAGCCCGUAUCAGCUACGAUCAUGGCGUAGAAGAGUUGCGCGCAAAGGAGUACCCCAUGUUGCAAGGGACCACAUAUCUGGACCAUGCUGGCACGACUCUCUACGCGAAAUCGCUAAUCGAGCGCUUCUCAACUGAUAUGAUCACCAACUUAUACGGCAACCCGCACUCCGCCUCCAACGCCUCCCAGCUUACAACCCGCCGCAUUGAAGACGUCCGGCUGAGACUGUUGGAAUUGUUCAGUGCCGACCCGCAGGACUUCGACGUUGUAUUCGUGGCGGAAUGCCACCGGCGGGCAUCAAGCUGGUUCAUGGACGCAUUCCCGAGAUCAAGACGGAACGGGUUUUGGUAUGGAUACCACCCGGGAUGCUCAUACCAGUCUGAUCGGUGUACGCGAGGCUGCCACUGA